UGUCGUCGCAGUGAAGGGGCGGGGCUUCAGUUCUGCAUUCGCUACAAAGAUGGCAACGUCCAUAGUGCUCAGCCUGGAUAACUUACCGUCUGAUCCCUUACUGCUGGUGCUGUCAUUUCUGGACUUCCGUGAUCUGAUAAGCUGCAGUUUUGUCAGUCGUCGACUCAGUGAGCUGACAGGCCAUAACCCUCUGUGGAAGAGACUUUGUCAGAAGCACUGGCUCCUUACAGAGGCAGACAAAACCCACAAAGGCCUAUCAUGGAGGGAGCUGUUUCGGGAAUAUUAUGCUGAUCUUGGCCGUUACAUUGACUAUUACAGCACUCUCAAGAAAGCCUGGGAUGACCUGAAGAACUACCUAAAUCAUAAAUGUCCCCGAAUGAUAGCUUCACUUAAAGAGGGAGUGAGGGAGGAAGAGCUAGACACCAUUGAGGCCCAGAUUGGUUGCAAGCUCCCUAAUGACUACCGUUGCUCCUAUAGGAUUCACAAUGGACAGAAACUGGUGGUCCCUGGGCUGAUGGGCAGCAUGGCUUUGUCCAAUCACUAUCGCUCAGAGGACCUGUUGGACAUUGAGACUGCAGCGGGGGGAUUUCAGCAGAGGAAGGGAAUGCGGCAGUGUCUUCCACUCACAUUUUGCUUCCACACCGGCCUCAGCCAGUACAUGGCCUUGGAGAGCACAGAGGGACGAACAUGCAGUGAGAUCUUCUAUCAGUGCCCGGAUCAACUGGCACAAGAUCCCUCAGCGAUUGAUGUGUUCAUUACGGGUCCUAAUUUUACUGAGUGGUUUACUUCCUAUGUUGACAAUGUUGUAACAGGAGAAUACCCCAUCAUUCGAGACCAGAUCUUCAGGUACGUUCAUGACAAGCGCUGUGUAGCAACCACUGGUGACAUCACCGUAUCAGUCUCUACCUCCUUCCUGCCAGAGCUCAGUUCAGUCCAUCCACCACACUUUUUCUUCACCUAUAGAAUCAGGAUUGAAAUGGCAAAGUCGGCCCUGCCAGAGAAUGCAUGCCAGCUAGACAGUCGGUACUGGAAGAUCACAAAUGCAAACGGAAAUGUGGAGGAGGUCCGUGGCCCUGGUGUUGUGGGUGAGUUUCCAGUGAUGACACCCGGUAAAGUUCACGAGUACGCCAGCUGCACCACGUUUUCCACCACCUCGGAGUUCAUGGAAGGCCACUACACAUUCCACCGGCUCAACAACAAAGAGGAAGUGUUUGACGUGUCAAUCCCACGCUUCCACAUGGUGUGCCCACCUUUCCGUGAAUCAACGGUGCGGUCGAGCUCAGUCAGUGAGGUGUCUGCUCCUUAUGAUGAUGAGAACUCAUCGGACACAGACGACUACGAGGAGGGAGAAAUGCGUGGCAUGAACAUGGCUGACCCAGGAGGACGCUGCCCUCGGCAUAUCUGAUGCACUUUUACAUGCCCCGGCCAACACCGGCCCACAGAUACUGACGCACAGACACUCUCACACAAACACGGGAGCGGGAGGACAAACAGAGCUUUUAGGCCUCCAUUGUUUAUUGUGCCGCGCUCUUGUGCCUGUCACCUCUUGAGCGUUUUCUCCAGUUUCUGAGGGCAUGUGUCUGGUUGUGGCAUAUCUGUGUCUCGUGUGAGAUCAUUGUACGAUUGUGUUCGAGUCUGCAAGUGUGUUGUGUGAUCGAGAGUGAGGGAGUUUAUUGAAUGUGUGUGAGAUUGACCUGCCAAGGUAGCUAAAGAAAUAGUUCAGCCCAAAAUUGACAUGUACUCCUCUUCGUUCCAAAACUGUAUGGAGUAUGGUCCUGUGGAACACAAAAGAAUAUUUGAGUUUAUUUUGUCCAUGCAGUGAAAGUCCAGUGUUGUUUUGGGCUUAUUGGUCAAAAACAGACAAGACAUGUUCGACAGAAGUAAGACAAUCAUUCAGGUUUGGGACGACAUGGUGACAGAUUAUUUUUGUUGAACUAUCCCUUUAAGUCCUUACAAUUACAGAGCACGAGGAGAAAUGAUGAUAUUACUAUUAGCAUAAAAGUACACACACACUGUAUCACUGUGUGUGUUUAUAUAUUUAUAGAUAUAUAGAUUGAAUAUGUAACAGAAAGGCUCAAAUAAAUAGAUAGCAUUAAUUUCCUCCACAAGGCCUCAGGUAUUGUGUAGCGUGUAUGAGCUUGUGUACAUGUUUGUUCUUGUGGUGUCUGUACUAAGGAUUUCGGGGACGAGCUGAGGUCCAGGUCUUGAGUAGUGAGAAAGAUUUGUUUAAAGAGGAGUAAAAAGCACAUGGUCCAAAACCAGCCAAACAUCAGCUAACCUGUUCAAGCAAUCAGUUAACCUUGGUUUUAUUUUAGUUGCUUGCUCUAGUUCUCUACUCGUUCAGAGGUGAUUUUGGCCUGUUUUUGAGAAACACUGGAUGGGGAUGUAAACUGAAGGUCAGCCAGAAUACACUGAUGUAGUGUAAAGGAUCUGUUUAGCUCUGGUUAUCUCAAGGGCUGGAGGUCACACAGACUGGUGUGUAUAACAAAAUAAGUUAAUUUUAUGAGACGUUUAUGGCAUUAUUGUGACUUUCCACAUUUUUUUUUCUUUAUAUCCUGUGCAAGACGUAAAUGAUCAGAAAAAGUCUUUGUCGUAAAGUUCAGUUUUUCCAAAGGAAAUCUAGGCAGACUUUAAGAAUUUUUCAGCUUUUUCCCUUCCCUUUCCCUUCCUAAUGGGGAUGAGCUAAUCUUGCCUAGAGAUAUGUACGAUUUUGAUUUUCAUGUUUAUGACUGCAGCUAUAUUGUCAUCUUUGUAAAAUAAUGCUGUGCAGUGAGAUUUUUCAACCGUUUGCUAUUAUGUUCUGUUUAGGCCUAUUGAAUCUCUCAGAUUAGUUGAUAACUUCUGUUUUUUAUUUUGUAUGUGUGGUUUUUUUUAUUUUUAUUUUUUUUAUUUGGAGUAAAUAAAAAAUUUAUGGUGUAUCAAUA